AUGGUUGAGCGCGCCAGCAAGUUCGUGCUGGUGGUAGCGGGCUCGGCGUGCUUCAUGCUCAUCCUGUAUCAGUACGCGGGCCCCGGGCUGAGCCUGGGCGCGCCCGGGGGCCGCGCGCCGCCCGACGAUCUGGAUCUCUUCCCCACGCCGGACCCGCACUACGAGAAGAAGUACUACUUCCCAGUGCGCGAGCUGGAGCGCUCUCUGCGCUUUGACAUGAAGGGCGACGACGUGAUCGUCUUCCUGCACAUCCAGAAGACCGGCGGCACCACCUUUGGCCGCCACCUCGUGCAGAACGUGCGCCUCGAGGUGCCCUGCGACUGUCGGCCAGGCCAGAAGAAGUGCACCUGCUACCGUCCGAACCGCCGCGAGACCUGGCUCUUCUCUCGCUUCUCCACGGGCUGGAGCUGCGGGCUGCACGCUGACUGGACCGAACUCACCAACUGCGUGCCGGGGGUGCUGGACCGCCGCGACCCAGCCGCGCUGCGCACGCCCAGGAAGUUCUACUAUAUCACCCUGCUGCGAGACCCCGUGUCCCGAUACCUGAGUGAGUGGCGACACGUGCAGCGAGGGGCUACGUGGAAGACGUCACUGCACAUGUGUGACGGGCGCACACCCACCCCAGAGGAGCUGCCACCCUGCUACGAGGGCACGGACUGGUCCGGCUGCACCCUGCAGGAGUUCAUGGACUGCCCCUAUAACCUGGCCAGCAAUCGCCAGGUGCGCAUGCUGGCUGACCUCAGCCUGGUGGGCUGCUACAACCUGUCCUUCAUCCCUGAAAGCAAGCGGGCCCAGCUGCUGCUGGAGAGCGCCAAGAAAAACCUGCGUGGCAUGGCCUUCUUCGGCCUGACGGAGUUCCAGCGCAAGACGCAGUAUCUGUUUGAGCGGACGUUCAACCUCAAGUUCAUCCGGCCCUUCAUGCAGUACAACAGCACGCGGGCAGGCGGCGUGGAGGUAGAUGAGGACACCAUCCGGCACAUCGAGGAGCUCAACGACCUGGACAUGCAGCUCUAUGACUACGCCAAGGACCUCUUCCAGCAGCGCUACCAGUACAAGCGGCAGCUGGAGCGCAGGGAGCAGCGCAUGCGCAAUCGCGAGGAGCGUCUCCUGCACCGCGCCAAGGAGGCGCUGCCGAGGGAGGACACGGAAGAACCAGGCCGUGUGCCCACUGAGGACUACAUGAGCCAUAUCAUCGAAAAGUGGUAGUGGUGGCACGGGGGAGGUGGCAGGGGCAAGGAGUGACGGGCAAGUGGGCCUACCUAAAACUUUAGGGGAAAAGAGGGAGCCAGCCAUUCUUGCUAUCCAGUGCAGAGGGAAGCCUGCUAGAAGGGUGCCUCAGAACUCCCUCUCUGCUGUCCUGGCCUCCGAGUCCUCUCACAGUUGAUGAAAAUUUGGAAAAGGCUAGAGAGGGGACGUGUCUGGUCAGCCAGAAGUCUCACACCUACUAUGCACGCUCUGGCCUCCAAUGCCCAACCCUUUAGGAACACAUGACUAGCUCCAUACAGUCCAUCUGAAGCCCCUUGGCCUCUGGGAACCCUGAUAACCCAGAAUCUUGGGGAGCCUUGUCCCCAAGAACACAAGCAGGUCUCUGGGGUGUCCUCAGACCUGGGACUUCCCUCCUCCUCCCCCAUCAAAGCUGCUUUCGAGGUCAGGGUCAGCCACUGAAGCAGAGAAGACUAGAGUCUGGCCCCUAUGUGCUCUGGGCCACCUGGCAUUGGGAGAUGAUCUAGCUCAGACAGGAAGGGGGUGGACACCAAGAGCUGCCCCUCAAUUCCUGUUCUUUGUGAUCUCCUGCCUCCAGCCCCAUCGGUGGGACAUUUAUUCAAGGGCUCAUGUGCCACCACUCCCACCACACCAGCAGCCCUAUAAUCCAAUGCCUAAAAGCAUCCAUUGGCUGGGAUGCAGGGCCACUGCUGCUGCUGUGAGCCAAGCCCUGCGUUGGUACUGGAUGGCCAGGAUGGGAACUUCACCAUUCUCAGCUAAGGUUGGAAGAAGCAUCUCUGUGGGCCCAUAUGCACAACCUUCCCACUCUGGCUCUCCCUGAAACGCCUACCCCUCACAAAGGCUGGCCAGGCUGUUUCCAGCAGCCCUCCAGAUGGGCCAGUGACCCUACUAGAAGCCAUGUUGCAUAUCCGUUUUAAGUACUUGCCUGGUGUGUUGUUCCCUAUGUUCUCUAGGAGGCUCUGGUGGGCCCACCACUGAGUGAAGGUGCUGUGGCUUUUCAAAAGCCAUGUGCAUGUGGCCAAGGACUGUGAGCUGAUCCUGAUGCAGGACAGGGCUUCCUCCCUGCUCCGGUCUCACUCAGCUACUCAGGCUGUGAAGGGAUUGAUCAUCGUCAACAGUAAUGAAGGCCAUCUAUAGGAAUACUCCAGGUGUUGGCAGGUGCAGCCCCUUGUGGCUUAGUCUUUGCUGUGUGGCUGACAUAGUACCCACACCUAGGUACUGGGCAGUUGAUCUUGGCAUUCAUAGGCAAGGUGGACUCUGAUGGGCUCUGUCUAGUCCAGUCCAGGGCCACCUCAUUUGUGGUGGGGAUCACACCAAGGAGGUGGAUAGCAAGGUGAGUUAGUAAUACUGCCCUGUUGAAAGGAGGUCAAGAUCACCAUGUGGGGAAUUGGUUUGAAUGCUCAUAGUUUAGAGUGGAUAAACUCCUGGGAGAAUGGUGGGACAUAUUUGGAGAGCUCUUGGGUCUUUUCCAGGUCAUAUUGGUUGCUGUGGGCUCCUGUCAGGUAGUGAGUACCCAAGCUCCACAAUGGCCCUUCCUCACAGCUUCCCGUGUGCACGGCCCAAGCAUAGGAUCUGUUUUGUACAUAUUGGAAUAUGUUUUAACUUAUGUCUCGCCAUCCUGACACACACGGAAGCACGGGUCUCUUCUCUCUGCUGCAUUUGAAGCAUAGUCCCUCCCCAUCUCAGGCCAGCACCAGGCUAAGGUGCCCUUGGCUGUUCAGCCUGCACUAAUGCUCAGGCUACCAGCUUUGGGGCAAAGCUUCCUGGUACCCACAGCAUCUCAUGGGACGUCUCGGAAUGAGGUGCCCCCCCUCCAACUCCAAGGACUCUGCCCACCCAGAGGCCUUCCCUGAGGCCGAGAGGCCAGGGAAAUGCAGCAAGCUAACUUGGUUGCCAGGCACUCUGCAGGCCUGCAAAUGUCACAUCCCCUCCUGAAGUGGGAAGCAGGAACCACAGAACUGUCUGGGUGACCUUUUGGGAACUGGAACUGUUUAACUUGAACCCAGGAGCUUUAAAGCUUUAUUUAUUUAUAGCUUCUUAUUAAAAAAAUAAAAAGUGUUGAGAAGGAAUCUUUUGUUCAUACGAAAGAUGAAUUGGUGAUGGAAAAGCAAGUUAUCCUCUAAUUGUUUUUGUCUAGGUGGAGAAUGAACGUUAGCAGAUGAAAUAAAUCCUGAAAAGGUC